AAAAUCUCAAUUUUUUUUGUUUUCAUUUUAAGAAUGACGUGAAUUAAAAGAUAAUUUUUUUUUUGUUUCCAUCAAAUUCAACAACGAUAAAACGAAACAAUGGAUAUUGCUCAACAUGUGAAUAAUAUUCUUGAAAAUAUGAUCAUAUCGAAUUCACCGCAAACCGAAUUGACAACAAUCGAAUAUAUAAAUAAAAUAUUUCCAAAUGAACAAUCAUUAUCGAAUAUUGAUGAAGUUUUAAAGAUUUUAAAAGAUAAAAUAAGUGUUUUAGAUAAAGAAAUUCGUCAAUCAAUUUGUUCACAAAAAAUUGUCGAAGAAAAUGGUCGAAAAACAUUGGAAAAUGCACGUGGAUUAAUUCUAAAUUUAUCCACUGUAAUACAUGAGAUAAAAAAUCAGGCAAAACAAUCGGAAAAAAUUGUAAAUGAAAUUACAUGCAAUAUUAAACAAUUGGAUAAUGCAAAACGAAAUCUUACCCUUUCGAUAAUCAUGUUAAAUAACCUGCAUAUACUUGUCCAGGGUACAUUUAUAUUGAAAGAUUCAAAGAAAAAACGUCAAUAUGGUCAAGCAUCACGAACACUUCAGGGAAUAUUGGAUGUCCUAAAACAAUUUGAUCGUUUUAAACAUAUUCCACAUAUAUCAAAAUUAACUACGGAUAUUGAUGAAACAUGUCAACAAUUAGGUGAACAAAUUUUGGGCGAUUUUCGUGAAACAUUUGAAACAAAAAAUCAUUCAAAACCACUUCAACAAAAUCAAAUUCAAUUGCUGGCUGAAGGUUGUUUAGUAUUAUCGAAUCUGGAUUCAAAAUAUCGACGUCAACUAAUAACAUGGCUAGUUGAUUUGGAAUUGGUUGAAUAUAAAGCCUUGUUUCAAGAUAAUCAGGAUAUUGCAUGGUUGGAUAAAAUUGAUCAACGUUUUGCAUGGUUAAAAAAACAUUUGAUAAUUUUUGAAGAUAAAAUUGGUUUUCUAUUUCCACCUGCAUGGGAAUUAAGUGAAUGUAUUGCAGUGGAAUUUUGUAAAAUUACCCGACAAGAUUUGAUUCAAGUUAUGAAUAAUCGUUUUAUUGAACUUGAUGUAAAUAUUCUGCUGCCGGCAAUAUCAAAAGCUACUGCUUUUGAAAAACUUUUACAACAAAGAUUUUCUGGUUCAACAAUUUCACGACAGGAAAAAACCAAUUCGAAAAACGUUUUUACCGGUUUAAUUACAUCAUGUUUUGAAAAUUACCUGAAUAUUUAUGUUGAUGCACAGGAUAAGAAUUUUGAAAAAUUAAUCAAUCAAUUUGUUUUGGAUGAACAAACAAAAAAACAGCAACAACAACAAUCAUCGAACAAUAAUCAACAAGAUCAAGAAUCAUCAACGAUAAAAGCAGAAAUAUUUGGUUCGAGUGGGAAAUUAUUUACACAAUAUAAAAAUUGCCUAAUUCAAUGUAUAUCGUUAAGUAAUCGUCAACCAUUAGUGCUAUUAUCGGAAACAUUUCAAAAAUAUCUUCGUGAAUAUGCAAAUAAAAUUUUACAAAAUCAAAUACCACGUGUUGGAUCAACAACAUUAUCAUCACUUUCAAAUACAAUUUCGAACACAACAACAAGUAGCGGUAGUGGUAGUUCAAAUGUUUUUUCAUCAGCUGCAUCAUCAUCAUUAUCAGCUGCUGGUGGUCUGAUACAAAUAUUCCUCAAAGAUUUAGAUAAUAAAUCCUAUACAAAUGAAGAAAUUCGACAAAUUUGUUCAAUAAUUUUAACAGCAAAUUAUUGUUUGGAAACAACCCGGCAAUUAGAGAAGAAAAUUCAAGAAAAAAUUGAUUCAAAAUUUCUGGAUAAAAUUAAUAUGAAUAAUGAAUUGGAUAUAUUUCAUGGUAUUGUUUCAAAUUGUCUGCAAUUAUUAUCACAUUCAUUAGAAAAUCAAUGUGAACAACCAUUAUUAAUAAUGAUUCGAACACAAUGGUCAAAUUGGGGUACACCAAUUGGUCAUAGUCAAUAUAUAACAUCGAUAAUAUCAAUAUUUCAUCAAUCCAUACCAUUAAUUCGUGAAAAUCUUUCCGAUUGUCCGAAAUAUUUUUAUCAAUUUUGUCAAAAAUUUAUUCAAUCUUUUAUAUCGAAAUUUAUUGGAAAUCUUUUCAAAUGUAAACCACUUAGUCAAGGUGCUGCCGAACAAUUAUUACUUGAUGCACAUACAUUGAAAAAAAUCCUUUUGGAAUUACCGGAAUAUAAAUCGGGUAAUUCCGGUUCGAAGACCGUUUCACCCACAAGCUAUACUGAUACUGUUAUCGCUGGUAUGACAAAAGCUGAAAUGAUUUUAAAAAUUUUAUUAGUUCCCGCUACACCGGCCGAAAUGUUUGUUGAAAAUUAUUUCAAACUGUUUCAGGAAAAAGAUUUAAAUGAAUUUCAAAAAAUAAUCGAAAUGAAAGGUAUUAGAAAAUCGGAAAGUUUUCAAUUAAUUGAAUUAUUUAAAAAGAAAAUUGUUCAUUAUAAUUAUGAAAAAACCAAUUCAAAUUUUAUGAAAUUAGCGAUUCAGAAUUCGGAAUCAGAUACGACAACAACAUCAACAACAACGAUGACGACUACAACAAUGACAUCGAAUAAUGCUGAAUCGAUAGGAUCGAUUGAUUCGAAUCGAAUAAAAAAAUUGGAAAAAUUAAUUAAAAAUCGUUUAUAAAAAUUGAAAAAAAUAA